AAGACAGUAAAAUAUUGUGUAAGCCAAAAUUAGUGUAAUGCAGAUCUGUGCAAAGAAACCGUUUGGGUGUGAGGCCUGCUUGACUGAAAGAAUGUUAUCUCCCCUUAGAGUUCUUCAUAUAUAAACAUUUCAGAGAGCUUGUUGACAGCUAGAGUAGAAAGUUCCAGGUCAUGAUGUAAAUUCACAGUUACACUCAUCUCUCAACCUCAAGUGGAAUGUCGAGUGUACGAACAGGUGCCAAGCCAUCAUCAGGCAGAGGAGGGCAGGCAUUGGCCAAAGGAUCUGGCCCUGUGGCCAAGGGUUCAGAAUUACAGGAAAGGGCCAGCAAACCUUCGGAUAGACUGAAUCCCAAGACUGUUGAUCCAUUUAGUAGCUCCACUAAAAAUCAGUCAGCAUUUGCAGCUAUUUAUUCCAAUGGUGGAAUACCAUGCAGACUUGUACAUGGUUCAGUGAAACACAAGCUAGCUUGGAACACCCCACCGGAACAAGUUGCCUUUGACCCUGUCCUGGUAACACUUGCUGAGGGCCUUUGUGAGACGAUACAUCCAUACAUGUUCGUGGCAAGGACGGGUUUCAAAGAGAUGCUGGAGGUUCCCAACUGUGAUGGCCAGGUGGUGCCUUUGCUGCCUAGGCUGACUGUAGCCAUCAGAAACGCUCUGGGUGCGAGGGAUAGCAGUGUGGUGCUUGUGGGACUGGAGGCUCUCAUACAGCUCAGUGAGGUAGUGGGACCUGCACUCAACCCACACCUCAACAAACUUCUGGUCCCGGUAGCAAAAGGCAUGAUGGACAAAAAGUUGAAGGAAAAGGUGGUGGAGACCUUGCAAGUUGUUGAAAAGAAUGGCGGCAGGGACUGUUUGCCACUGAUCAAGUCUAAGAUACCAACAUAUUCGUCCAUAUUUACCUGAGCUUUACCGAUUGGUGACCAUGGAAAAUUCCUGACCACGUGACUUCCCCAACUGCAGUUCAGCCUGUGACUUGCCAUUCAAGCGUAUCAAUCUGGUCAGAGGCCUCAUUUCUACUACAUAUUACCUGCAGAUUAAGGAGUCAAUCUUCAGUGUUCGUUGUUAUUUGUUCUGACAAUCUCUCAUCUUAUUCCUUUGUUUUCCUAUUUUUUGGAAAGAUAUCUUUUAUUUUGAAAAACCACCUAUAUUUUACUUUGUUUUUGAAAUGUUUCUUUAAUUUUUGCCAAAAUUACUCACACAUCUAAAGUUUGUUCAUUAACAACAUUUCAAGAAGCAUUUCUUGCUAGAUUUGCUUGCAUCAAACUCAUAUUCAUGUUGGUUCAAUAAUCAAGUUUUCAAAGCCUAAUUAAAGUCCAGCAUCUGUCUAACGAUACAAGUUCAACUUAAAUGAGGAACGUUUCAUUUAUGCAACAAAUCUAACGCCAUCAUGAACAUUAUUGACUAGCAUUAAAACGUACUACAUGUAUUAUGAUUUCGAAAAGUGGAAACACUUUGUCAAAAAGAAAUAAGUUUCAAUGUAAAUGAAUACAAAACUUUUAAGAAAUUCCUAUCUUGUUUGAAAAAGAGCUCAAAACUCAAAUAAUUAGCUGGAAAAAAUCCAACAAUUUCCAAUAUUUUCGUCAAAACCUGCUUAAUAGCAUGCAUUUAGUUACAUGCACUUGUUUAUAAUGCGCACGUAUUCCAAAGUCAUCAUCAGUUUAUCUACUAACAUUAUGAUAGCUUUCCAAAAAGAUUUGCUGUUAAACUUCCCAAUAUAAUCAACCAUUUGAAAGAAGUUCUAUUCUAGAAAACAGCAUUAUGCAAUGUAUUGUAUGGCAUCCUCAAUUCAAUUGCAAAACUGUAAGAUUAUGUUUAAAUUCAAUUUUGUUCGUAUAUCAUCAUCAGCCAUGAAAAAAACUCUGCCACUGUGAUGCACAUUUAUUAAUUUGUAAACUUAAGUUUGUUGCUAACUUGUCGAUAAACCACAAUUUCUUGAUAAGUAUUUUUAAUAUUGUCUGCCUGCAAUUUUUAUGCCCCCCUUCGAAGAAGAGGGGGUAUAUUGCUUUGCACAUGUCAGUCGGUCUGUCGGUCGGUCCAUCCACCAGGUGGUUUCCGGAUGAUUACUCAAGAACGCUUAAGCCUAGGAUCAUGAAACUUCAUAGGUACAUUGAUCGUGACUCGCAGAUGACCCCUAUUGAUUUUGAGGUCACUAGGUCAAAGGUCAAGGUCACGGUGACCCGAAAAAGUAAAAUGGUUUCCGGAUGAUAACUCAAGAUUGCUUAGGCCUAAGAUCAUGAAAUUUGAAAGGUAGAUUGAUCAUGACUCGCAGAUGACCUCUAUUGAUUUUCAGGUCACUAGGUCAAAGGUCAAGGUCACAGUGAUUCGAAAUAUAAAAUGGUUUCCGAAUGAUAACUCAAGAACUCUUAGGCCUAGGAUCAUGAAACUUGAUAGGUAGAUUGAUCAUGACUCGCAGAUGACCCCUAUUGAUUUUCAGGUCACUAGGUCAAAGGUCAAGGUCACAGUGACCCGAAAUAGUAAAAUGGUUUUCGGAUGAUAACUCAAGAACGCUUAUGCCUAGGAUCAUGAAACUUCGUAGGUAAAUUGAUAAUGGCUGGCAGGUGACCCCUAUUGAUUUUCGGGUCACUAGGUCAAAGGUCAAGGUCACGGUGACCCGAAAUAGUAAAAUGGUUUCCGGAUGAUAACUCAAGAACGCUCAUGCCUAGGAUCAUGAAACUUCAUAGGUACAUUGAUCAUGACUCGCAGAUGACCCCUAUUAAUUUUGAGGUCACUAGGUCAAAGGUCAAGGUCACGGUGACCCGAAAUAGUAAAAUGGUUUCCGGAUGAUAACUCAAGAACGCUUAUGCCUAGGAUCAUGAGACAUGAUAGGUAGAUUGAUCAUGACUCGCAGAUGACCCCUAUUGAUUUUCAGAUCACUAUAUCAAAGGUCACGUUGACCUGAAAUAGUAAAAUGGUUUCCGGAUGAUAACUCAAGAACGCUUAUGGCUACGAUCAUGAAACUUCAUAGGUACAUUGAUCAUGACUCGCAGAUGACCCCUAUUGAUUUUGAGGUCACUAGGUCAAAGGUCAAGGUGACCUGAUAUAGUAAAAUGGUUUCCAGAUGAUAACUCAAGAACGCUUAUGCCUAGGAUCAUGAAACUUCAUAGGUAAAUUGAUCAUGACUCGCAGAUGACCCCUAUCGAUUUUGAAAUCACUAGGUCAAAGGUCAAUUUCACGGUGACCCGAAAUAGUAAAAUGGUUUCCGGAUGAUAACUGAAGAACGCUUAUUCCUAGGAUCAUGAAACUUGAUAGGUAGAUUGAUCAUGACUCGAAGAUGACCCCUAUUGAUUUUCAGGUCACUUGGUCAAAGGUCAAGGUCACAGUGACCCGAAAUAGUAAAAUGGUUACCGGAUGAUAACUCAAGAACGCUUAUGGCUAGGAUCAUGAAACUUCAUAGGUACAUUGAUCAUGACUGGCAGAUGACCCCUAUUGAUUUUCAGGUCACUAGGUCAAAGGUCAAGGUCACAGUGACAAAAAACAUAUUCACACAGUGGCUGUCACUACAACGGAGAGCCCAUAUGGGGGGCAUGCAUGUUUUACAAACAGCCCUUGUUUUUUUAAAGUGUGUGUCAGUAAUUGUGAAGGUGAUGGAAUAUCGUUGAGUUGGAUUUCCUUGGAUGUCGCUUUGUAACAACACUUUUUGUAGGUACAUUUUGUUAAACUAUCUGUAUUUGUCAUUUUGUUAUUAAAUUUAACAGUAUU